AUGGACGCCCAGACCACAACGGCCGAACCGCAACAUCCUUAUCCCUCCAGUCCUUGGACUUCUGCCUCGACGAUAUCAUCGAGCACAACGAAUCCGACGACACCAUCAGCGACGAGUACGCACAGCGCUUCCGCCGCUGAGGGCUAUUUCUUCCAAGAUACGUCCGCCACACAAUUCCACACUCGGCUCGACUUUUGGCCCUUUCUCAUCCCUCAACAAUCAAAUAUCUACCACGCUCAACUCCUCCAUUACAAUAAGCUCAUCUCCCCCUCCCGCGGCGGCGGCCUGCAGACACCGCCACUCCCUCCCGUCAUCUCUGCUCCUUACGUCCAGGCGGCGCCACGGUCGCGAUCUUCUAGCAAGGUGUCACCGAGGGACGCCUCCGCCGGCAAGGGGAACACAGCUGGAGGCCAUGGGAGCAGGUCACACCAGAAUUUAGACAAGAGUCGCUCGGUUGUAUCCUCCAAGGAGGUUCCGUCCAAAAUGCCUUCCAAGCAGCCCGCCGACCCAUCGAGGCCUUUACCCCGACGAUCCGCACCCUCGGCUCAGUCCCACUCUAGUUCAGUGCCCUCGACGCCUCACCAGCACGCUCGGCAAUUUUCAUUUGAGGACCGCGAACCGUCGCCUACCGGCACAAAUAACCACUCACCGCGAUCGGCUUAUUCUGAGACGAAUAGUACGUUACCCGCGCUCCGGCCUUUGCCGCCGCGAUUGGGAGGCUGCAAAUACGAGACUGCCCAGAUAAAUUCUAGGAGGAGAAUACCGUACUCGGUCGGCAAUGAUCGUCUGGAAAAGCUGGACUUGCGGACGGUCAAGGGCAAGUUGACCGAGGAUGAGGAGCGAAAGUUGGCCACGGACAUGCGAGAGGUUUUUGACCGGUUACUGCCCACCGCCGCUGUCGAGGAGAACCGAAAGAAACUAGUGUCGAAGCUUGAAAAGAUCUUCAAUGACGAGUGGCCCGGACAUGACAUUCGGGUGAAUCUCUUUGGUUCUUCUGGAAAUCUUCUCUGUUCAGAUGACUCUGAUGUGGACAUUUGCAUCACAACAUCGUGGCACGAAUUGGAGGGUGUCUGCAUGAUCGCCAACCUCCUAGCGAAACCGUUUGGUGGCACAUUGAGUUCGUACACGUGGAUUUGCUUGAUAAUUGCGUUCCUGCAGUUGCGCAACCCGCCCGUCCUCCCCUGUUUGCAUCAGUCGCCACACAAGUUACCCAAGCCCGACGGUACGCUUCCCGAUUUCGCCGACGAUAUUGAUAAACUGGCUGGUUAUGGAAGCAAGAACAAGUCGUCUACUGCCGAGCUCCUGUUUCAGUUCUUUCGCUUCUACGCACACGAGUUUGACUACGACAAGCAAGUUCUUUCGGUACGACAGGGCAAGCUUAUCACAAAGCACGAGAAGAAAUGGCAUUACGCGAUCAACAAUCAACUUUGUGUCGAGGAGCCUUUCAACACGUCGCGAAAUCUUGGAAAUACGGCCGAUGAAUAUUCUUUCCACGGGUUACAUGUUGAAUUGCGCCGGGCUUUUGAUCUGAUCUCCGUGGCGAACUUUGAAGAGGCUUGCGAGCAAUACGUGUUCCCUAAAGAGGAGGAAAGAGUAUGGUCCCGACCUGCACCACAGCCUCGACCUGUUCUGCUUCGCAGCUCGUCGCAGACACAUUCAGGACGUGGAGGUCGUGGAAAUCACCGAGGUGGUGGCCGACAUAACAAUAACUAUCGAGGUGGGAAUUCGAAUAGGCGGGCAUCUGCAGGCGUUCCACAAUUCGAUGCAAGCACCACCAACAACAACAGCAUGUUUAUGCAGCCGGUCAACAUGGCGCAAGAUCUGCAGUGGUACCAGAAUCAACAGUUCCAGUUCCAAUAUGCACAGCAGGACCUCAUGACUCAAAUGGCGUUGCACCAAGAGAAUAUGAGGCUUUUGUAUGCCAGUCAGUCACCAGCAUUUAUGCAGCAUCAGGCCCAGGCUCAAGCGAUGGGCCAGCAGCAGCAACAACAGCAGAGAAUGUCGACAAGUGCAGGAUCAAGCCAGCAGCAGCCGCAACAGACAUCGGAUCGUUCUAGGACAAAUUCGUUCGAUAACCCGCCGCUCAGUGCUCCUCUGCGACCAGAUCUAUAUGCUUUGUACGGUAUGAACUUGGGACAGCAGCAGUUCUUUCCUCAAGCAGGUGCAAGUUACGGAACGUAUCCUUCGUCUCCUGCUAGUACGACUGGAGCUACCCAGGACUUCCGUCGCCCCCUGCAACGAAACGGUGUGACUAACGAAGCAGGUACUCAAGGGUCAAAUGGUACCCUGCGUUCGCAUUCGCAACCUGCAUCGCGUUCCCCGUCUUCAUCACAGGCAGCCGCUGCGUACUUUGGUGCCCAAUCGUUUAGUGGAUCUACUCAGUCUCGAGGCGCAAAUGGCAACCCAAUUCCCAGUUUCAUGUCUGAUGACACAGAUUUCGACGAAACACCGAAGGCGACUACAGACUCUCCGCAGUCGGAGGAGGGCAAAUACUCUGUAUACCUGUCAGAAAGCCCCAGCCCUGCCCCUUCAGGGACGGAGAGCAGCACCUCGGAUGAGACUCCCACCUUUGAGAAUCCUCUACAGAUCCACGCUACAAAUGGAGCGCCCAGCUAUCCUGUCGACGGACCCAUCAUGCCUAUGGUUGACUCGCAGGGGGCCAUGAACCAACAAGGUGCCUACAACCAGGUGCCUGUGGUGGCCUAUGGUUCCGCUGCGCCGCUCAUGGCUUCUGCGCCUUCCACUGCAGACGACCCCUCAUUCCGUGAUCGUAUCGCCAUGAUGAGCGCUUACCACAUGGGCACCCCCCAUAUCGUACAGGAUCCAAUGGUUGGAAACUCUCGAUUGUCUCCUUCGACUCGACAGCGUCUGAUGUCCCGCCAGAAUCAGAAUGGAGUUAUUGCUCCUCUCGAUCUCGCCAUAGCCGAGAACCGCAUUGAUCGUCCUGUUGGUCAAGACUUUGCUCACCUAUCACCAGUAUAUGAGAACCGCACUCCUUCGCCCACGGUUGUUCGAAAGGAUGGACCUUGGAAGUCUGAGAAGCAGAACAGCCCCAAGUCGGGCCGAGGCGAGGGGCCAAAGGGAGGCCAGAAGUCUGAAGACCAGUCACAGAACCACCAGGAGGGGUCAAAGUCUCAGAAGAACCAGAAGUCCAACUCUCAAAAGGCCAACGGAAACCGGGAAAACGGCCACGUCCGAGGAGCCAGAAGCGAAAGCGACAAUGGGUGGCAAAAGGCCGGUAAAAACAAGAAGAAGGGCGGCAAUAACAAUGCGCAACAUGGAAACGGCGAGCAACCUCCAAAGCACGAGUCAGAACGAAAGGGUGGCUGA